CUUCUUCCCUUUCCAUCUCGCACCAUCUCUUCUCUUCAUCUUCUUCUUUUCUUCUUCUUCCUCCAUUGAUCCAUCCUCAUCCAGCUUUCAUCAAUUCUUUCCCAUAACACCACUUGCCUCAUCCAUCUAAUGACCACCCCCAUCUAGAUCUUCAACUUCUUAUCAGUCCCUUUAACCCGGACAACAAUGACCCACUACGAAAGCCGUCAGUACGCCCGGCCCCCCGGCGGCUACAAUCCUGACUACUACUAUGCCGCCCCUCCUCAUGGCUCCGCUCGUCACCAAACGGAUGUCGUCCGUCGUCGCGAUGGCAGCGUUGAUUCCUACGAUGCCCCUCCGCGCGACUACCCGCCUGGCGAUUAUGGUUACGAAUACGGCUACGGCAUCCCCCCUCAGGCCAGACCGUCCCGUGUCUCCACCCUCUCGGAGGGGGUGCGCAGAUCCCAUUCCAUGGGCUAUCGUGAUUCCCAUUACGAUGACUCGGACUACCACCGUCGAUCCCACCGCCAUUCGAGGCGACAUGAUGACCGACGUGAUCGCCCCAGAUACUCCCGCUCUCCAUCUAAUAGUCGCUCUCCCCCUAGACGACGUCGCAAGUCCAUCUCCGAGCAGGCCUUGGGUGCGCUAGGUCUGGGCUCGCUCGCAUCAUCUGGUUCCCACCAUCGCGAACAUGAUCGUGGCCGCUCGCAUACCCGGGAUCGUAGGUCUUACUCUUACUCGCCCUCACCCACCCGCGACAGAAGCCGCCACCGACGGGAGAAGAGUGAGCAGCGCAUUGCCCAGGCUGUUAGAGCGGCUCUGGCUGCAGGUGCUAUAGAGGCCUUCCGUGUUCGCAAAGACCCUGGCGAGUGGACCGGUGAAAAGGGCAAGCGCAUCCUUACAGCUGCGAUUACGGCCGGCGGUACCGAUGGACUUGUGGACCGAGACCCGAAGAAACACUCCAAACGCCAUGUCGUCGAAUCCACCCUGGCGGGUCUGGCUGCCAACCAUUUCAUCAACGGAUCAAGAUCCCGGUCGAGGUCUCGUGGCCGGGGUCGCUCGCAAAGCCAGGGCGGACUCAAGAAUCUGGUUGCCACAGGAGCCCUGGCCGCAGCCGGCAAGGAGGCCUAUGAUCGUUUCCGAUCCAAAUCUCGCCCUCGGAGUCGAAGCCGAGGCCGCGGCCGGUCCAGCUCUCGGGAUAGCUACGACGACCGUCGCCCCCGCAAACGGAGCAAGAGCGUGACCGACUAUAUUAACCAGGGAAUGGAAGCUCUAGGCCUAGGACAAAAGGACAGCCGUGACAGGAGAGCUCAUGGCGGCCGCUCGUCUCGUCGCGACGUCUAUUCGGACGACGAGCUCUCGAGUGAGGACGAGCCGCGGCGCCAUCGCAGCCCACGACGCUCCAGGCACUCUAGAGAUGUGAGUCGACCUUUAUCCACUGUCAGCACCUCGACACGACCGUCCACGCGCACCACAUCCAAAGGAAUCGGCGAAGCUGGUCGUGGUCGUGUCAACAACCCCCAUGGAGACGGUCAAUCCGAGGAGUCUGAUUCUGACCUGGGAAGCAGUACCGAUGAAGAACACCAACGGAAAAAACUUACCCGGAAAACCCUAGUGAAAUCCGGUCUGGCCGCGGUGGCCACCAUCCACGCCGCACAUAGUCUGCACGAAAGUAUGGAAAAACACAAAAAACGAGCGGAGCUAGUUCGCGAGGGUGAGCUCUCCCCGGAGGAAGCCCGUCGUCUUCGGAUCAAGGGUCAGCUCGGCGAUGUAGCCAGCGUCGGCCUGGCCGCCCUGGGGAUUAAGGGUGCAAUCGGAGAAUGGAAACAUGUGGAGGAAGCCCGCCGCGAGCGACAUGAAUUUGCCAAAAACUGCGACAAACGACGAGAGCGCCGACACCGCCGUGUUCAGAGCCAAGGGCCGACAACGACUCGACCGCCGCGGACCAUAUACCCUGACGAGAUUGAGGAGCAUCAUCCAUCGGAGUAUGGGUCAACAACCGAUAUUCGAUCUCGGUCUGUAGGACGAUCGUCCAGAACGCCUGUCGCACAAUAUGCUUAGAUUGAAAGAAAAAGUAUGAAAGGAAAAUUGAGCGAUAUUCAGUUGCAGACAUGUGCUAUGAUAAUGAUUGAUGAUUGAUGACUUUUCCUUUGACGCAAGAAUUUUUGUCCUGUUAUUCUUAUGCAGAUUGAUAACGCUUAUUGAAUGUUUUGACGUCUGUCAGUUGAUUCUGAUGUUGUAUACGUACACGGCCCGCUUGUUUCCAUUUGCUUGUUGCUUUUUGUUGAUUAUUCACCUUUCUCUUUCGGUAUUAUUGAUAUUUUCGACCCUUU